GCGUCUGCCGAAACGUUUAAGGAAAAGCGCCGAGCAUAAAAUCUGAAAAUAAUUCAAAUAAUUCAAUAAUUCGAAACACCCAACGCCGAAGACUGAAAAGCCGUAAUCAAAAACAAACUCUAAACACUGAAUGCUAAAAAACGGGUAUUAAAUGCUGUUUAAAUGUUAAGUGAUGUCCUUACAAACGCGACCUUUUUACUCCGCCUAAUUGAAUAACCAAGACCCGCAUAAUUAGCGGACGAUCGAGAACACAAAAAAAAACCGAGACUGAGUACUAAAUGUAAAAAAAAAAAGAUAAAUACAAAUCAACCAUAGGCGCGCACACACACAACGCCGAACGGAAGCUGCAUACCUGUGUGCGUGUGCUUGUUUGCGUGUGUGUGUGUGUGUGAGGUGCUCAGGAGCUGGGGAACAUCAUAAUCAUCGUUAUCAGCUGGAGCAGCUUCAUCUUCACAUCCUUGGUGGUCGGUCGUCGGUCGUCGCCAGUGCUGCUGUCGUCAUCGUUGUCACAUCCCGGCAUAAAUAUUUAUGUUGACGAAUCUACCUGCGGCAGAGCGUCGCUAAUGAAGCGGGCGAAAUGAAAAUGAAAGGACAUAAUUAUGCUUAUGUUUUACGUGUUAAGUGCUUGGCAAGCACGAUUAAGGCGCUUUAUCACCCGCAACAACGGCAGCAACACGAACGACAAGCACGCCAGCAGCAGCAGCAACGGCAACAGCAGCAACAGCAACAGCAGCAAAAGCAACAACAGCAGCAACAGCAGCAACAGCAGCAACAGAGUCAACAGCAACAGCUGCGACGGCAGCAACAUCAAAAGCAGCAGCAGCAGCAGCAGCAGAAUCAGCAAGCCAUCCCGCUGUAGUCACACACAUUGACACGCCCCCAACCCAGAUUCAUACACAUACAUAUAUACAAACAGAAGUAUAUAGUCAGAUAUAUAUAUAUACACGCGAGAUGCUGAAAACUGUGACAACAGCAAUGAUGGCUGCCAGCGAUGACGAUGUCCCAGCGAGCAUUUUGGAAAUAGAACUGCCAGCCAUUUUGCUCAACGAGAGCCUCUUCAUCGAGCUGAAUGGCAAUCUCACCCAGCUGGUGGACACGACCACCACCAAUCUCAGCCAAAUCGUGUGGAAUCGCAGCGAAAACGGUAAUGGUAAUAGCAACAUUUUCGACCUGGUCGAUGACGAGCAAAAGCGGGCGGCGGUCCAGUUUUGGCUACUGGUCAAAAUGAUCGCCAUGGCCGUGGUGCUGGGACUCAUGAUACUCGUCACCAUCAUAGGCAAUGUAUUCGUAAUUGCCGCCAUUAUACUCGAGAGAAACUUGCAGAAUGUUGCCAAUUAUUUGGUUGCAUCUCUGGCAGUGGCUGAUUUAUUUGUUGCCUGCCUCGUCAUGCCGCUUGGCGCCGUCUACGAGAUAAGUAAUGGAUGGAUAUUGGGACCGGAACUGUGCGACAUUUGGACGUCUUGCGAUGUCCUUUGCUGCACAGCAUCCAUACUGCACCUGGUGGCCAUUGCAGCGGACAGAUAUUGGACCGUGACCAAUAUCGACUACAACAAUCUGCGGACGCCGCGACGCGUAUUCCUCAUGAUUUUCUGCGUCUGGUUUGCGGCGCUGAUUGUUUCCUUGGCCCCACAAUUUGGCUGGAAGGAUCCGGAUUACAUGAAGCGCAUCGAGGAGCAGCACUGCAUGGUGUCCCAGGAUGUGGGCUAUCAGAUAUUUGCCACCUGUUGCACUUUCUAUGUGCCGCUGCUGGUGAUUCUGUUUCUGUACUGGAAAAUCUACAUUAUUGCCAGGAAGCGCAUCCAGCGACGCGCCCAGAAGUCAUUCAAUGUCACACUAACCGAGACUGACUGCGAUUCGGCGGUGCGGGAGCUGAAGAAGGAGCGCGGCAAGCGGCGGGCGGAGCGGAAGCGUCUGGAGGCGGGCGAGCGGACUCCAGUGGACGGAGAUGGGACGGGCGGCCAGUUGCAGCGGCGUCCACGCAAGCGGAUGCGUAUUUGUUUUGGCCGCAACACGAACACGGCCAAUGUGGUGGCGGGAUCGGAGGGCGCGGUGGCCAGAUCGAUGGCGGCCAUUGCCGUGGACUUUGCCAGUUUGGCCAUUACGCGCGAGGAGACCGAGUUCAGCACCAGCAACUACGACAACAAAAGCCACGCGGGCACCGAACUGACCACCGUGUCCAGCGAUGCAGAUGAUUAUCGCACCAGCAACGCGAAUGAAAUCAUCACGCUGUCGCAGCAGGUGGCCCAUGCCACGCAGCACCAUCUGAUAGCCUCGCAUCUGAAUGCCAUUACGCCGCUGGCCCAGUCCAUAGCCAUGGGUGGUGUUGCCUGCCUGACCACGACCUCGCCCUCGGAGAAGGCGGUGUCAGGAGCAGGAGCAGGAGCAGGAGCAGGAGCUGGCGGCAGUGGAAGCGGAAGUGGUGAGGAGGGGGCCGGAACGGAGGGCAAGAGUGCCGGAGUGGGACUGGGCGGUGUGCUGGCCAGCAUUGCCAAUCCGCACCAGAAACUGGCCAAGCGGCGACAGCUCCUGGAGGCGAAGAGGGAGAGGAAGGCCGCCCAGACACUGGCCAUCAUCACCGGCGCCUUCGUCAUCUGCUGGCUGCCAUUCUUCGUAAUGGCCCUCACCAUGAGUCUGUGCAAGGAGUGCGAGAUCCACACGGCGGUGGCAUCGCUCUUCCUCUGGCUGGGCUACUUCAACUCGACCUUGAAUCCGGUCAUCUACACCAUCUUCAAUCCAGAAUUUCGACGGGCCUUCAAGAGGAUUCUCUUCGGUCGCAAGGCUGCCGCUCGAGCGCGCAGUGCGAAAAUUUGAUUUCAACUGAAGGAUAACGAGGACCAGUAUUUGUAAUUAAGGUCGAAGGAAGGUCUAUACAGACGGGCAGGCAAUAUGCUACGGAAUUGGCAUUGUAUAAAGGCAAACUAGAGAGUAGAGACGAUGUUUUAGCAGUGACAAUCCUAACUAGCUGUAACUAAUUAACUAAAAUUCCUCACCACACACACGUGCCCCAAAAAGACAAAAAACGCGAUAAAUGAAAUAUAAGAUAUGAAUAGAAAGAAAACUUAGUGGUAACCAAAACCAAUCGAGAAAUGAAAUCGUGGAAUUAUGGUAGCUGAUACUCACUAACUCUAAGCUAUGCGUAUGUAUUAGCAAUUAGUAAUUUAUAGAUAUUUCUAAAGUCUUCCCUGUGUCUUAAAGAAACCCAAAAGUAGUACGCUUAGAUACCCUAGAAACCCUAAGUAGAUCGGUUGAACAGUGAUUGGAGAUCGAAGAUAGAGAUCGGUGGUUAUAUAUAUAUAGGCUGGGUCCAAAGAACUUCUUACGCUUUCAUACUCUGUGUUAGUUAAUCGUGUUUAUUUUCUAGCUUAAGCUGCAAAAUGCUCAAUUAUUUCAAUUGGAUAAGCACAUUUACAUAACGGUCAAUAUUAACAAUGAUUAACGAAUUUACACAGCUAACUCAUAACGACACUAAAAACCAAAUGCAAAACUGAAAUGUUGCAUAACACCAGAAAGGAUAAACCGCUAACGCAAUGGCUAAUUAGGCAGUACAGCCAACUUUGUUCGGCAAAAUUAGCAUAAAUCCGAAACCGAAAGCUGAACUUUCGUUACUACUAUAUUUAUCACACACAUACACACACACGUGCCAUUUGCAAUCCAGGAAGCCGCAACAAAAAGUUUGACCCAUGAAACACGCAUUCAUGUUGGCACAGCAUCACACACACACACACACACCUAUAAUAUAGUAUAUUUAUUGUUAAAUUUUUGAAAAGUUUUCUUGUAAAUAAACGGACUUACAGUUUUAGCAAAUAGUAAACCGACCGAAAAACCUACAACCACAACAAGAGCAACAACCACUCGAAUAGCAACCAUGGAUAUAUAUAUAUAGAUAUAGAUAUAUACACGUCGGUCUGUAUGUAAGGGCCAUUAAGUCAAUGCUGCAGUUGAAACCUAAUACGCUUCGGUAUGCACAUGUAUGCGUACCAACACAUAUGUCUAUCUGAUAUGUAUUUGUAUUUGUAUUUGUAUGUGUUUUGUCAGUCAGUGUGUGUGUCUGUGUUUAUGCAACUUCUCGAUGUGUACUUGAUGUCAAAGUUAUUAAAAUUGUGUUUUAUCAAAAGCGUA